AUGCGUCACGUCGCAUGCAACUGUUUUCUGUUCAACUUGCAGCUUGAACGUUUGCGGGCAGGAAUGAAGGUUUUUUCAAAUGCAGCGCUUCCUUUGUUCCUACGGAAGGAUGCCGGGUCUAUGGUGAAAAACAGGACGCGCUCUUUCCGUUCAAGGCCUUGUGCUGUUGUCACUUCGGCGCUGACUCUUGUGCUUUUUGGCGUCUUGAUGUGGUUGCAGCGUGGCGCUAGGUUCGCGUCACCGGCUGCAAGCCGCCAGGAGUCGCAAGCCCGAGGCGUAGAUGCCUCUGAUGCUUUUGAACAACCUCAGGACAGCGUUUCGCAGACGGGCAACGGCCUGUCCAUGCGCUCAUCUUGCGCUGGUGAAGUCGUCUUCUUUAUUCGCAGUCGGAGCAGCGAUUUUCCCGAGCGCGUGCAGAGCGUCCUCAGCACCUGGGGCCAGCUCUUCCCACCGGAAGAUCUCUUCUUUGUGUCUGGGGAUCCUGUUCGAGACAAGUUCGGGGCGCAGGUGAUUGUCGAACCGCGUAUUGGAGCGGACCCGCUCUAUGGACGUUUCCCCGUCCAUGACCCGUUGGUGCUGGGUCUCGCAUGGAAUGUGCUGCAGCAGAGGCAGCAAGUCCGUUUUAUCAUGAUUAUUGACCCUGACACAUUCGUUUUGCCCGAUAAUCUGUGCUCGUAUGCGAUCCCAGAGGUUUCCAGUGGUAGAUCGCCCUACAAUGACUACGUCUACAGUGGGUUCGGAGUUUAUAUGGGCCCGCCCUGGGGUGCGAAUAACGCCGGCACCUCCUGCCUCGAAAAGGGCAGAGCACCGCGCGAGCUUCCGAACCAAGGCCCUGCGGGAAUUUUCGCUUCUGGACCGGUCGGCGUCCUUCUCAGUCGGGCGUUGGUCCGCGACCUCGCGCCAUACGCAGAGGCGAUCUGGAAUGAGACCCAGUGCAUCGAUACCGGUGAUAUGCGCCUCUGGAUGGGCAUGUACUUUCAUGAGAAUGAUGCGCUGCAAGGGAAAACGGUCCGUGAUGCGAUGUUGUGCUCCUCAUUGACAGCAUCGGGAAAUCUGAUGUCUGUAUACGAGACCUUGCCGCCGAACCAUGCCGUUGUCGAGCGAGACUUCGAGACCUUCUAUGCCACACUGCCGCAAACAAGUCCAGAUCAUGCAAGAAUUCUCAUGGAGAUGUUUCGCAGGCAUCAAAUGAGCGCGCUAAGCGCCGCCGAUAUCAUGCUCGAGUUCCAGCGUCUGCGGAAAUGGCGAGAAAACGUACGUUAA